CGCCACACUCCCCAACAGCGCCCAAUCAGCUAUUAAGAAAUGAAAAUACGAACCACCCGAACCGAAACGACGGCAACGAACAGGUUUUGAAACCCUGGUUCGCAUUCGAUUCAUCUUCGCCUCGUAGGCUUGCAGACACCCAGCCGCACCCAGUGCAAUUCGUAGCGCACCACCGCCGUCAUGAGGUGGACAGCGAACAGAUUGCCACUGGAAGGGCUCUGCUGGUGGUUGGACCUGUGCUUCACCGCGGUUGCACGGACACAGUGAAAUUGUGUGUUUGUGUUUGUGCGUGUUUUUACCAUACUCAAACAGCCAGUGAAAAGAGCAUCAAAAAAAAGGAGAAGGAGAAAAGCAAGGUGUACCAUCGGUCGCAUCGAACGUCCGCGGUAUGGAACGAACUGUGUCGAGCCGCCUAGUGACAGAGUUCUCUCGAAACGCACAGUGUAGAAACUAUUAGAAACCGUACUUGGUGCAGUGAACAGUAACGAAACGAAAAAAAAAUACACGCAAGCGUCAAUGCACGCGGCAUCGCACACGGAGCGCUCACAAUGAACGCGUCGAGCCUGGACUAUGAGGUGCGGCACCUACUGCUUGGCAAUGGGAGCAGCAGCAGCAGCAGCAGCGGCGGCGUCGGCAGCGGCAUUGGCGGCACCGGCCCCGGCAGCCCGGGCGAGGAGUCCGCGCUGGUCGGCAACCUGACCGCGCGGAUGGUCGGCGCCACGAACGAGAGCGUGCUGACGGUCGUGUCCUGCUACGACGACUACCUGCCCAACGAGCUGCUGGUGGAGUUCGAGUUCUGGAUCAGCGGUGUGGUGAUGAACAUCGUCGCGCUGAUCGGCAUCCUCGGGAACAUCUUCUCGAUGGUCAUCCUGUCCCGGCCGCAGAUGCGCUCCAGCAUCAACUACCUGCUGAUCGGGCUGGCCCGCUGUGAUACGGUGCUGAUCCUUACCUCCGUGCUGAUCUUCGGCCUGUGCGCGAUCUACCCGCACACCGGCUACCUGUACUACUAUCACUAUCAGAUCUUUCCGAAGAUUUCGCUCGUCGUCUACCCGCUGGCGAUGAUCGCCCAGACGGCGAGCGUCUACCUGACGCUCACGGUCACGCUCGAGCGGUACGUGGCCGUCUGCCAUCCGCUGCGGGCGCGCGCCCUCUGCACGUACGGCCGGGCCCGGCUGUACGUGGUGGGCAUACUGGUCUUCUCGAUCCUGUACAAUCUGCCCCGGUUCUGGGAGGUGACGCUGAUCUCCUCCACCCACCCGGACACCGGGCUGACGAUCUACUGCGUCAAAGCGUCGGACAUGCGCACGAACGAGACGUACAUCAAGGUGUACAUCCACUGGCUGUACAUGAUCUUCGUCUACUUCCUGCCGUUCAGCCUGAUCUCGUUCUUCAACCUGAUGAUCUACCGGCAGGUGCGCCGGGCGAACAAGGAGCGCCAGCGGCUGUCCCGGUCGGAGAAGCGCGAGAUCGGUCUCGCGACCAUGCUGAUCUGCGUGGUGAUCGUCUUUCUGCUCUGCAACCUGCCCGCCAUGAUGAUCAACAUCGUCGAGGCGUUCUACAGCGUGAUCAUCGAGUACAUGGUGAAGGUGUCGAACCUGCUCGUCACGAUCAACUCGAGCGUCAACUUCUUCAUCUACGUCAUCUUUGGCGAGAAGUUCAAGCGCAUCUUUCUGCUGCUUUUUUGCAAACCCCGCGGCCGCCAGUCACCGGACGACGGUCUUAUACACGACGACAGCUCCUUCUCGAACGGAGACGCCAGCAACCGCAACUCGGGCCGGUUUCAGCGCGUCGGCACCACGCGCAGCACCUCGACCAAGCUGAGCAACUGUAGCAUGCGCACGAUCCGCACGACGGUCCGCAGCACCCGGGCCCCGUCGCCCGGCCCGAUCGUCUACUACCCGGCGCGGGAAACGCUGCCCCGGCUCGCCCAGCCGCCGACGAUCACGCGCAGCAGCUCGAUGUUUCCGGACUGGGGCGCGCGGGAGAACGGCACGAACGGGGGCAUCAUGAUGGCAUCGUCCGGGUUCUAGUUUGCCGGGCAUGCGGGCGCCACCACACCAGCACUGAGGUUUCGAGCUUUAAUCUGUAGCCGUACGCCUAGCGAGGAGCCAGCCCCGCCGCGGGGAAAGCGGCCCCGUUUGAUGGGAAGAAGCUUUUUUACGUAUUUGUAUUUUUUUUGUGUCUUAUUCGUCCCAAACAGAUAGAAGCAGCGGUGUUUGAGCGAAAGGAUAGACAUACAGUCUUUUGAGUCAUCAAUUGCGAACAACCCCAGAACGUGAUGAAAUAUCCGCCCCAAAGUGGCGAAAGUCGCACUGACAAUUUUAACGCAACCGGCACGAGCUACCGGUACACGUUUGCGGGAAAGGCAAAAGAGUGAACAAAACGAAUGAUAAUUAGUACACCUCAAUUUCCCUUGCCUUUGCUAUCCACCCGGGAGCACUCGUGCUUGGGAGCACUCCAUAAUGCGCGUGCACAGCAUUUUCACACUGCUCGUCUCAUUUUUCAACCCUUGAUACCGCGUUCCACUUCAGCGCCUUUUCGCGCGUAGCUUAAUUGUGAUUAAUGAGGCGCACGUCCUGCAAUCGUGGCACAUCCUCCUGACACCCGGACGAACGGUACUAAUCGAACUUGGAGGGUUUGGGUUUGGAAUGAGGGUUUUUCUUUACAAUGGAAGCUAUUCAACGGUGGUGGAAUGAUCACUGUUGAAAGUUGUUUCCAACGAGCAGUCCAGCGUGAGCUGAUGCUGACAAACGGUGAUUAUUUGAUAGAUAAACUUUGGCACAGUUUCACGGAAGCGGAAACGAAGUGCGUUUGGUGUUGAAUUUUGCAGUUUGCUUGAAAAGAUUGGAUGAUCCUUCUACUAUGAGUGAAAAAAAUGGGUGAAUCGUUCGUUCGGGCAACUUUAUUACUAGAGGUUCUAUUUUCUUUUGCUUUUUGCAACGAUUUCAAAUUGGAAUUUAUCUAAAAAGUACCGGUUUUUUGGUAGGUCAAAUUCGCAAAAAGCCGACUCGAAGUCAAGAUCCAGUCCAGCUGUAUGCCAGUAGCCAAUGAGAUGUUUUAUCUGCUCAUCAAUUCGCAAUUUGUUUGCGUAGUUCAAAUUACUCCUGGACGUUCCCGUUCGCUUGUUACGCUUUCUUCCUGCAGCAGCAGCAGCAGGAAAUGGACGAUUUGUUAUCCAUCCCUUCGAGUCUCACUUCCCAGUCAAAAAGAAAAUACCGAUUUCAUCACCACCACCAAACGUCUUUCUAAUUGCCGUUCUAAAUUACUUUUUUACAUAAACAUAAAGGGGAUAGAAUGGAACGUUGCUCCAGCUCCAGCCAAUGUUUGGUCUAUAUCAAAUCUCACACGAAAGCCGGAAAACGAAAAAGUCUGUUCGACAUUCAACGAACCAUUCUUUGGCUUUGCUCUUGAUUCGCUCGAUUGUUCCACGUGAUGGGGGGGGGGGGGGGGAGAAGCAAAACUUUUAAUCCUCCAUCAACCACCAAAUGCGAUCCCCGUGGGAGAUAUCUCCAACGGAGCUGCAACAUCCAACGACCAUCUCUCUUCCGGUUGCUUUCAACUCUCAACAUGCUGAGGCCCUGCGAUUUUUAUCUUGUCCUUUUCCACCCCGCAAAGGAUGGGGGCUGCGUGUCGUGCUGUGAAUGAGAUUGUUUCUUUUUUGUUUGUGUUUUUAAUUUCGCUUCGUGUUAUUCAUUUUGUUUGCUUCGUCGGCACGGAGCUGAGCAAUCUUGACUUGUCUGAACGCCGUUUGGCGUUUGGUUCGGAAUUUAAUCUAACCAAGCGAACGGUGGGGAACAAUUUGUCACCGACCAUUGGCAGUUGCGGUAGGGAUACUCUUGAAGUGUUCGCUUGGAAGUAAAAAUGAGAUUAUUAAUUUUGAUUUUUUUUUUUUCAUUUUGCGAAUAAGUGUUGUGAGCUAAGAAUGGGACGAAUAUUUCGAGUGAUUAUGCUUAGUUGAUGCUUUAUAGUGCGCAAAAACGAUCAAGUUUCCUGUUUAUGCUUGCGAAUUGAUUUCACUGCACCACACUUGCAAUCGUUCCGAUAGGAAAAGUGUGCCAGAACCGCUAGCUAGAGCUAUUCAAAUCCCUGAGCACUGCUGCUCCAAUGCAUUAGUGGCGCCAAUAUGAUCGAUUGCGUAGCGCAUAGGUAGGUUGCAUUUGUUUCCGUUUAGUUUUGUAGUAUGUUAAUAUCUACCUCAUUAGUUUACUGUAGCUCCAGCAAACUGUAUCAGCCCGCAUUGCGUGCAAACGGUAUCACAUAUAAGUUAGUGGUAGGAUGAGAUUGUUUUCACUUUGUUCACCCAAAACUUCCCCCUCUCCCCCGGUUUGGUUGCCAUUUGUGUCCGUGAUAUGUGCAAACCCUGCAAACCCACUUUAGCACACUUGCUUUAAACUGCAAACCUUCAACUAUGCAGCUGUGCGAUGCUGCGAAGCAAAUUUUGUGGCGGUUCCGUGGGGUAAAAUGCGAAAAGUGAUAGGAGAAAAGGAAAUCACUAGAAAUCAAACGCCUGAGCAGAUAAAACACACACACACACACACACACACACACACACACACACACACAAUCACACACCCAAACACAAACAGACACUUUUCAAAUUCGAAAAUAUGAAAACUAUUCAAUUAGCAAAGUGUGGUGGAAAAAAAUGGUUACUAUCGUGUAGUGGAAAUGUAUCCAUUGCAGUGGAUAGUUUCUAUUACUGUAAAUAUUGUUGACCCUAUUGUACAUACACAGUUCCUUUCUUCGCCCGGAGAGGCAAACAGUGAAAGAGUAGCAGCGAACCGCGAAAAGGUAAAGAUCUUUUAGAAAGGAUAAUUAGAAAAUCAUCCCCCCACCCCCAGGUACAGUUGUUGAUAAGUAGCUUAAGAAAA